AAAACAAACAGAAAGCUUGUUCAUAUUAGCAUCGGGCUGGUCUUCAUGCUCUGUUGGCCAAUGUUCAGCUCUGGUCACCAGGGAGCAAUUCUAGCAGCUCUUAUUCCUGGUCUCAAUAUAAUAAAAAUGCUUCUUUUGGGACUAGGUAUGUGGAGAGAUGAUGCAACUGUCAAGUCAAUGAGCCGAUUUGGAGACCACAGGGAGCUUCUCAAGGGACCAUUGUACUAUGCCCUUACAAUCACUUAUGCGUGUGCUGUAUAUUGGAGAUAUUCUCCUAUUUCAAUUGGGCUAAUUUGCAACCUUUGUGCUGGUGAUGGUAUUGCUGACAUUGUUGGCAGGAGGUUUGGAAAACAGAAACUUCCAUACAAUAAAAACAAAUCAUUUGCUGGUAGUAUUGCAAUGGCAAUUGCUGGUUUCUUAGUAUCCGUUGGAUUCUUGCACUAUUUCUCCUUGUUUGGGUAUAUUCAGGCAGUCUUGUUAUAUGAUAUCAGAUUGUAACCCAGGGUUGUGUGCAAGUGCUGGAGAAUGUAUACGCCUCUGCAUUACGCAGCCUGUUAAUUUUUACUGUUGUACUAUUAAAUAACACAGUGAGUAUUCUAAGUGUGUGUAUGAAAACACUAGGAAAUUCAGAUCCUGCUUGACGCGACCAUGUAAGAGUUUAUUAAAUUUAGUGGAGCUUUCCACUGCUGAAAUGAUUCGGCCCGUUUGGCCAUGAGAAUCGUAAUUUUCCGGAGUUGAAGUUGAA